GGGAUUGAAAAUUUGUGAGAUUUCAAAUUUCAAGGUUACUCCUGUCCUAUGGCUUCGGACUUUUAUAUUUCUAACGUUAAGUUAGAAUAUCAGAAACUUAGAGAUAGAGUUGAAAAGCUUGAAAAAGAAAAAGAGAUGCUCAUGGCAGAACUCGGACACAGGGAACAAAAUUUUUGUGGGAAUAUACUUGCAUUUGUUGAGAGUUUGUUUUUGAAUACGAAAUACAGUGAUGUACUGUUCAAAACACCGAACGUUCUUGUCCCAGGGCACAGAUUUGUUCUCGAUGCUAGGGGAGGAGUUUGGAAUGUUUAUACAGAGGAUGGUGUAGAAUAUAUAAAUAUACAAGGUUAUUGUCAAAAUGUGUGCGAAGCUUUUAUUCUAUGGACUUAUAGGGGCAUAUUGGAAGAGUAUGAAGCACAAUGUUUGUCCGAUUUAAUGACUCUUGCACGAGAAUUUUGCUUGCCUUCCUUAUUUACCCAGUGCGAAAUCGCUUUAAUUCCACUAGUGACAAGAGAAAACUGUUUGUCAUUGUAUUCGUCUUCGCAUAGACUAAGAGCCACCCGGUUGUUAGACCAUUGCUUCUCGUUUAUGUCACGUGUUUGGCCUAAUUUUUCAGUGAAAGAAAUUUCUACAGUUUCUGCCCCUGUCUUGCAAUCUUUUCUCGAGAAGUAUUCCAAGUUCCCCGUUCACUCAGCAAUUGACCUUGGAAGAGAUGACACAGUUUUAUCUUUGCUUAACGUUGAUCAUCCAAAGGCUAAACUCCUCGUAAAUCAACUGAAUGAAAAUGGUCUAUCACCGUUAUAUAUGGCCCUAAAGGAUGCACAUUUCGAGCUUGCUGAUAAACUAAUUGGUCUAGGCGCAGAUAUAAACGCACUUAUUGGUCCUACUGACGAAAAGCAACCUGUUACUCAGUUUGCGUUUAGAAAAAACCAUUAUGAAGCUGUCCAAUUUCUCUUGCUUCAUGGUUCCAAUUGUGAUUUCUGUGAUUCAAUGUCGUCUCGCACACUACUUCAUAACCUUGCAGUAACCGACGCAAAGGAAAUGUCAGAAGCUGUGAUAAAUAUAGCAAAAACAUUAAUCCAACAAAGUGCUAAUAUUUCUUCCCAAGAUAUAGACGGAAAUUCACCGUUGCAUUUAUCUAUUUUGCACAAUAAUUCAAGUUUAUUUAAUUUACUGAUCAAUCAUUCCAAGAAGCCUAAUUUAGAUUUACCCAAUAAUCAAGGAUUAUGUCCACUGUGGUUAGCGCUUGUCAGAAAGUUCAGUUUUCGUGAUCCAAGUGUUUAUGGAUUUAAAUCUAACUCAUUGACAAGUAAUUCAUAUGACUUCGCUAGUCAGUUGAUUGAAAAUGGUGCUAACGUGAAUUAUAGAUUUACUGAUGUUCAUUAUUCUGCAUUGAAUGGUAAAUCUUUGAAGAAUCCACUUCCAGGUGACACUUUGCUUUUGGCUGCUUCACGAAUCGGAUGGGAAUCAGCUGCUUUAUUUCUUCUUGAUCACUCACAAUGUGAUCCUACUUUAGAGUCAUUUACUCAAGGAGAAACAGUUUUUCAUGUUGCCGUAGAAGCUGAACUGUCUAAUUUAUGCAAUUGCUUGAUUAUGCGGAACGACACUGACCCAAAUCGUUUACGGUUUUCCAAAGUUAAUAUAAUAACAUCAGACAGUGAGGAAAUCCUGUCACAAACUUCUUACGAAAGUACUUGUGUGAAAGAAGCUAAUCAAAUGAACUUUACGAAGUCAUUAAAUCCUUUCGACGAUGACUAUGAAAGUAAUGGUUACUGCAAUCUCUUAUCUAACCCUAUGGAUAAUAUAUCAUGUCAAGUGAAUAGUUCACAUUUAUCCACUGACUCAGCAGUUAACGGUACUAUUAUUUCCACUCCAUCGGUAUUAGAUUCAUCAUCAUUGAGAGAAAUUAAAAGUGACCACAAGUCUACCCAACAAAUAUACUGCAGUCCUUUACAUCUUGCUGUACAACACAAAAUGUUUGGAAUACUCGAAUUUUAUCUUGAAAACAACGCUAAUGUUGAUUGGUUGCUAUUGAAUGAGUCUGGUGAUUCAGUCAUCAGCUUACUUUUGUGGUCGGAGCAGGUUCAGUUGGUCAAGAGAAUAUUAGAAUCUAUGUGUAAUCAAUCAAAGGAUACAUCAGCUAGUCAUGACUCUAAAUUCAAUGAAUCCGAUAACGCUAUUCAAUCAUUUCUAAAUAAAAUACCCACAAAAUGUAACAAGCCAUCUUUAUUGAUUCAAUCCAUUGAACGUGACCAAUUCGAAGCUGUGAAAUUCUUAGUCGAACAUGAUGCUGAUAUUAAUGAGAACGAAACUGACUGUCAGUCAUAUAUUAACCCUCUAUGGACUGCAUUGAAAUUGAGAAGAUGGACAGUAGCUGAUUAUUUGGUGAAUCAUGGAGCUGAUGUUAAUUCAUGGGCACCGUUUAAUGGAACAAAUGCAAAAGUCACUCUACUACAUCGGGCAAUCCAUGAGAACAAUGAAGAGGCUGGUGUGUUUCUAGUGAAACGAAACUGUGAUGUCAAUGCGUUUGCACAGUUUGAUUAUUCAGUAGAUAAGAAAAAAUCAGAUCAUAUUAUACCAGAAUUAGCUCGAUCACCACUGCAUAUGGCCACUUUAAUUGGAAUGUAUGAACUCGUUCAAGUACUUAUCUCCAGUAAUCGUGUAUAUAUUAACCAACAGGAUUAUAAUGGUGAAACUGCCUUACAUUUAGCAAUCAGAUCAAAAAAUGAAAAACUUGCCAACCUGUUAAUUGAAGCACCUCAAAUAGACUAUACCGUUCGUGAUGCACAAGCAUACACCGUAUUUCAUGUAGCUGUGGAUUUACGUCAACGUGCAAUUGCACAAAGUCUUUUGAAAAAAGACCCUUCUUUAGCUUUACAAGUUGAUAGUUCAGGACGUAAUUUUCUACAUAUUGCAAUAGAAAAUUUCGAUCGUGAAGCUAUUUUUCUUCUUAUUCAAAUUGGAGUUGAUAUGAAUGCUUGUGUACGUGAUGCACAUCGUCUCACGCCCUUCCAUUUAGCAAUUAAAACAGGCGUAGAUGAGGAUAUUUUACGUAGUUUGCUUCUUGCCGGUGCAUCUAUUAACUCACAAACACCACAAAAACAGUACGGUCUUCAUUUGGCUGUGAUUUACAAUAGACCGGAAUUAGUACAUUGUUUAUUAGAGAAUGGAGCUGACCCCAAUUCUCAAGAUUCUGAACGUAAUACACCAUUACAUCUAGCUGUUCGACAUGCUAGAGUAGAUUGUCUUGUAAAAAUGCUCAAUCAUUCCGCUACAAAUUGUUACUGUAUAAAUAUCAGAGGUCAAUUGCCGAUCCACUUGCUGGCUCAACAUCAAGGUCCAGUCAGUGUUGAAAUGCUUGAGUAUUUAUUAGAGGUAUCUGUUGCCAAUCAAAUCAAUGCCCAAGAUGCUGCUGGCAAUACUCCAUUAAUUCUCGCAUAUCAAGCAGGAAACAUAUCACUUUGUACCGCAUUACUUCAAGCCGGUGCAUCUUUAGGAAUUAUGAAUUCUGAAGGGGAUACUGUGUUUAGUCUAAAUAAAAAGAAAUGUAAAAGUUCAACUCCUGGACAUGUUCUUUCACAAUUACUAGAUUCACUUAUUCAAGAACCUCGAUGGGAAGAUGGUUCUGUUUGUGUUGAAUGCUGCGUGAAGUUUGGUAUAACUAACAGAAAACAUCACUGUCGCCACUGUGGACGUUUACUUUGUGCUCAAUGUUCAGCAUUCGAAAUACCAAUUGUAAAAUAUGAACUUUCUAAACCAGUUCGAAAACCUGAUUGUAAUAUAUAUUUCUAUUCUAUACGUCAAUUGAACUACAAUGCUUAACGAGAUACUGAAAGAACACUACAAACAACUGAUUGGAUUGCGUCUAAGUGGUCGCCACAUUGAAUCUGUUUAUUUUCUUGGUCUAAAUAUAUUCUGCUAUUCAGUGGUGAACGUAGUCAAAUAACCAAGUGAAUUCACACUUCCUAAACAAAAACGUAGCAGCGCGUGUCUACUAAGAAUAAAAACCAUUUUUCAGGGGAUAAAACUUUAUAAAACAAAGUGGCUGUGAACACAUUCUCUAUUUUAUCUAUAGCAAAUCUUGUUAAAAUACAGACAUAUUGGAUUAUUAUUAAGAAGAAGAAAAUAUCAGUGGACUAUUCUGCAGAUUUAUCUGACAUAUUCAGUUGUAAAGUGAAUCGAGUUCCUAGUCUUCUAGUACUUUUAAAUGGCUAUACAGAAUAUGUACCGUAUGAAUAUUAAUACAUGUAAUAAUACAGUAAAAGUGAAUCCAAACGACGUAAGAAUAUUAGCUGCUUAAAUUAAUCGAUUCUUCAAGAACUAUUUUAUCAAAUCCAUUUGACUUUAUCUCAAACGAAUGAUUAUUUGACUGAGAAGCGAAAUAUUCAUUACCUGGUCGAUCGAUUAUUUACGAAUAACAGCAAGUUAUGGAAAUCAUUUAACAGAUUUGAACAUCGCUCGUGGUUGAGUAGUUGAACAUUAUUAAAUGACAGCAUCGCGAGUCACUUGACAUAUUCAGUUGAAAGAAAUACAAGCAUGGGAUUGUGGAUCUGAUGAAUGGAAUCAAUCAAUCUCAGCUGGGAAGCUGAAUAGAGAACACAAGUAACGAGAAUUAUAUUGACUGAUGCUUGAAGUAAAUUUCAAUCACUACAACAAACAACUCACACGAUUUCUCCAAUGAACAGUGAUAAUAACAAAAUUAACAGUUUUAUAAAAAACAUUUUUAUCAUGCAGUUAUCAUCAAGUGUGUAGACGUCAAAUAUACACAUCUCCUCUUCCAACUUAUAGCUAACACUAGUAUAAUAAUUCCGGAAAAUAUCUACUUCACUAAUUGUCAGUUUGACAAAUUAAUCCAUAUUUUAAAUUGAUCAUAAUAAAUGACAAUAUGAGAUGAUUGCUUUCACUGUCAAAAAAUAUGCAUCAUAUGAGUGUUAUACAACAUUUGUAAUCAAAUUCAACAACUUUCACAGCCAUUAACUGACAACUAUCAUGUACUCACUAGUGGCUAACUUUGAGAAGAAAUUUUUGGAAUUCUAGUCAGAAGGUGUAAACAGUGGAGAUAAACUGUGUGAGAUUUGAGGCAAUUUUUCAUCGCAGAUAAUAUUUUUUGUAUGAUAUGUAUAUCGAAAUUAUUUGUGUUCACGCCAAUCAAUAAUUUGUCCUAUAAUCAGAAUUACUGUUGUAAAUACAGAAAAUAAUUUUACCAGAAAUAACAAAACAUCCAACUGGAGUUUUUUUAUUGUUCAGUUAAAUAGUUUUUAUUCCAACAAUAAUUUACUAAAUCCAAGUUUUUAAGUAUAAAGUGACGCACCAGAGAUUAAUUAAUUACUGUUACCUGUUACCUUUCAUGAAGUAACAUAGACCGCUUAUUCAAAUCUCCAUCAGAUCCCCCUUGUUUAUCGAUGAGCUUGCCCAGGUACGUGAAAGUUUCCACCUCUUCCAGAAUUUCCCCAUCAAGUGUGAUUGUGU